CACCGCUGUUUUCCCUUCCCAAUUGACAUCGCAAACCACGGCAAUUGCUCCGACUGCGCCAUCCACGAUCCUCGACCACAUCUCUCACCACCCUCCACCACUCGAACUCACCAAAAUCCAUCAUCAUGGCUGGCGAUAAGGGAAAGGUCUGCCUCGCCUACUCUGGCGGUCUUGACACCUCCACCAUUCUCGCCUGGCUCCUCGAGCAAGGCUACUCCGUCGUCUGCUACCUCGCCAAUGUCGGCCAAGAGGAGGACUGGGCUGCCGUCGAGAAGAAGGCUCUCCAGAUCGGUGCUGAGAAGAUGAUCAUUGAUGACCUCAAGCGCGAGUUCGUUGAGGAGCUCUGCUGGAAGGCCGUCCAAUGCAACGCCAUCUAUGAGGACCAGUACCUGCUCGGUACCUCUCUGGCUCGCCCCGUCAUUGCUCGCGGUCAGAUGAAGGCUGCGCUCGAGACCGGCUGCCAGUUCGUCUCUCACGGUUGCACUGGCAAGGGCAACGACCAAAUCCGCUUCGAGUUCGCCUUCUACACCAUCAACCCCGAGAUCAAGGUCAUUGCCCCGUGGCGUGACCCUACCUUCUACAAGCGCUUCCAAGGCCGCAACGACCUGCUCGACUACGCUGCCGAGAAGGGCAUCCCCGUCACCAGCACCAAGGCCAAGCCUUACUCCAUGGACGACAACUUUGCCCACUGCUCGUACGAGGCCGGUAUGCUCGAGGACCCCAACGUCACUCCCCCUGAGGAGAUGUGGACCCGCACUGUCUCGCCCCUGAAGGCUCCCGACGCCCCCGUCGACAUCACCAUCCACUUUGACAAGGGUCUGCCCGUCAAGGUUGUGUCGCCCAACCAGACCUCGACCGACUCUGUCGAGCUCUUCGAGCUGCUCAACAACCUCGGCAAGGAGCACGGUGUUGGCCGUGUUGACAUUGUUGAGAACCGUUUCAUCGGCCUCAAGUCCCGUGGCUGCUACGACUCUCCCGCCAUGACCAUCCUUCGUCUGGCUCACAUCUCGCUCGAGGGCCUUGUCCUCGACGGCCGUGUCCGCUCCCUUCGUGACAACCUCGCGAAGCAGUGGGCCGAGCUCCUCUACAACGGCUACUACUUCAGCCCCGAGCGCGAGUUCCUCCAGCCCUCGCUCGACUUCUCCCAGCAGCGCGUCAACGGCGAGGUCCGCCUCCGCCUGUACAAGGGCAACGCCUACUGCCUGGGCCGCACCUCGCAGGAGAAGCUCUACUCUGAGGAGGACGCGUCCAUGGACUCGCUCACCACCUUUGAUCCCUCCGAGACUUCUGGCUUCGUCACCAUCAACGCCAUCCGCCUCAAGAAGUUUGGUCUGCAGAAGGCCGAGGCGGGCCAGAAGUUUUAAGCCAUUGCGCAGACCGAGUAAGCCGAAAUUGUGUAAAACAGUAGAGAAAGAUGGGCGGGGAAACAGCCUCGUCCCGGAAAAAAGAUUGAUUCUCAUACCAUGCGCAUUUUUCUCAUGGUGUUCAACGUCGCUGCUCUUUGACUGGUUUGUGCAUGUGACUUGUUGACUGGUCCAUUUCCGCGAAGUGUGGAAUGCUGGGAGAUACUCCAUUCUUCCUAGCCAAGCAGUGUUCCAGAGGAGGGCAUGAA